GCGCUGCGGCCGCGGAGCUGGGUGAACGGUAGCGCCGUGGAAGAGGCGGCGGCGCGGGGCGGAGCGGGCGGAAAGAGGAAGAAGGAGCUAGUGGUGCACGAUGGCGGCGACGACCUACGAGCGGCUGAAGCUGCACAUCACACCUGAAAAAUUUUAUGUGGAAGCUUGUGAUGACGGAGCAGAUGACGUACUUGUCAUCGAUCGCGUGUCCACAGAAGUCACCCUGUCAGUCAAGAAAGAUAUUCCUCCUUCAGCUGUCACAAGACCAAUAUUUGGUAUCCUGGGCACAAUCCAUCUGGUGGCAGGUAAUUAUCUAAUUGUCAUUACCAAAAAGACAAAAAUAGGUGAAUUUUUCAAUCAUGUAAUCUGGAAAGCAACAGAUUUUGACGUCCUUUCUUAUAAGAAGACAAUGUUGCACUUAACUGAUAUUCAGUUACAAGAUAAUAAAACUUUCCUAGCGAUGUUAAACCAUGUCCUGAAUGUGGAUGGGUUUUACUUCUCAACGACAUAUGAUUUGACCCACACCUUGCAGCGGCUGUCCAACACGAGCCCAGAAUUCCAAGAAAUGAGUCUUUUGGAAAGGGCAGAUCAGCGGUUUGUAUGGAAUGGUCAUCUUCUAAGAGAACUUUCUGCGCAGCCAGAGGUCCACCGGUUUGCUCUUCCCGUGUUACAUGGCUUUAUUACUAUGCACUCGUGUUCUAUUAACGGAAAAUACUUUGAUUGGAUUCUCAUCUCGAGGAGGAGUUGUUUCAGAGCUGGUGUGCGCUAUUAUGUAAGAGGAAUUGAUUCUGAAGGCCAUGCAGCCAACUUUGUAGAAACAGAGCAAAUUGUGCACUACAAUGGGAGCAGGGCUUCUUUUGUGCAGACUCGAGGAUCAAUACCACUUUUCUGGUCUCAAAGACCAAAUCUCAAGUACAAACCGCUGCCGCUGAUCAACAAAGUAGCAAAUCAUAUGGAUGGUUUCCAAAGGCAUUUUGAUUCCCAAGUUAUUAUUUAUGGAAAACAAGUAAUAAUCAAUCUGGUUAACCAGAAGGGCUCAGAGAAACCACUGGAACAGGCAUUUGCAACAAUGGUGUCUUCCUUGGCGAGCGGAAUGAUCAGAUAUAUUGCCUUCGACUUCCAUAAAGAAUGUAAAAAUAUGAGAUGGGACCGACUGAGUAUUCUGAUGGACCAGGUAGCAGAAAUGCAGGAUGAGCUAAGUUAUUUUCUAGUGGACUCCGCCGGCAUGGUGGUGGCAAGCCAGGAGGGCGUGUUCCGCAGCAACUGCAUGGACUGUCUGGACAGGACCAACGUGAUCCAGAGCCUGCUGGCCCGCCGCUCGCUCCAGGCCCAGCUCCAGAGACUGGGAGUGUUGCACGUGGGACAGAAGCUUGAAGAACAGCACGAUUUUGAGAAGAUUUACAAAAACGCCUGGGCCGACAACGCAAAUGCGUGUGCCAAGCAGUACGCGGGCACUGGCGCCUUGAAGACGGACUUCACCAGAACCGGGAAGAGAACUCAGCUGGGACUGGUCAUGGACGGCUGGAACUCGCUAAUACGCUAUUACAAGAACAACUUCUCCGAUGGCUUCAGGCAGGAUUCCAUAGACUUAUUUCUUGGGAACUACUCAGUGGACGAAUUAGAAUCUCAUAGUCCUUUAAGUGUUCCACGGGAUUUGAAAUUCCUGGCUUUGCCUAUUAUCAUGGUUGUUGCCUUCUCGAUGUGCAUUAUCUGUUUGCUGAUGGCUGGUGACACUUGGACAGAAACACUGGCCUAUGUGCUCUUCUGGGGAGUCGCAAGCAUUGGAACAUUUUUUAUUAUUCUUUAUAAUGGCAAAGAUUUUGUCGAUGCUCCCAGAUUGGUCCAGAAAGAAAAGAUGGACUGAAUUUGUGUCUGUGGAAAGCGGCUCGGCUUAGAAGAUUCCAUCAUGCAGAACUGGAGUCUUUACUGACCCGCUUUCCACAUCAGCCCGAGGUCCUUUUAAAGCCUCUCUCCAGAAGCACGGCUUGUGCUCCGUGUGGGGGGAGGGGGGGUGACCUAGAAUCAGCCGGACGUUCCUGCCUCGGCGACCUCUUCACUACUGGGAUGGCUCUGUUUAUAAUUUGAAGCUCUUCUGUAAUUAAAGGGUGACCCGAAUUCAGCUCCUGGAAUGGAAGGAAUCUAUUCCUUGUCGAUUUGAUCAACUUUUGCAGGAUAAGUAAUAUAUUUAAGAAAUCUAGCUUCUUUCGUUAUUUAAAAUGGUAAAAUUAUUUUUCUAGCUCAGUUUCCUUAUGGUCGUUGUAGAGGCCGUCGCUGUUAGCAAGCGGACUUCGCCACACCUCUUUGGACUUUCUUCAGAGUUUGAGAAUCCGCUAGCUUGACUGCUGGUGCAGAGCACGUCUUUCGCAGCCAUCGCGCAGUUUGACGGAACAGCCUGAGACUUCAAGGAGUCGGGUCUGGCGUGCUUCUGAAGUUUCAGUUGGGCUGUCCUCUGAGUUCAGCUUGAACUUGCGUAUGAAGAAGAAGUCCAGAUAAUACUUUAUCUUUUGUUAAAGGUGUAAAUGAAAUCAAAGAAUGUAAAGCCUGUGUCUUACGCUAAAGGUCCAAAGCUGCCUCUGUUUUCAGGAUUUGCCUCCGUGUGGAGGAUACCCCUCGACUGGCCAGCAGUCCCUCCCGGGCGUGCUGGUUUCUUUGGGGGUCGUUCGUCGAGACACGCAGGCCUCCGAGAGGCGCUCGUGCUGGACUUGGGGUUGCCCUUGGAGGCCGCAGCUGCUUCCCACGACGCAUGGCACCACCCGCGCUCUCCUCUCCGUCAAGGUUUUGUUAGCUCCCGACCAGUAAGUGUGUCUGCAGUGUUGCGCUUCUGGUAGUUAAGUUAGCGUUCUCCAAAUCAAGGACCAACUUCAGUGUUAAUUUUUGUGCAAAAACAAACCUGAGAAAUCUGCUUUAGAAGCUGUGCAUAGUUCUAAUUAUAAGUUGGACUGUGUAUUCAAACUGUAAUUAUGAGGUUUAAAUAUUAGAAAAGUAUGUAGGGUAGUAUAAUCGCCACUAUUUUAAGGCAGUUCAAUUAAAUACGGCUAUGAUAUUUGUGUUGUGCUUGAAAAUAUGUACAGUUUAUUUCAGUAGUAAUACCUUAUGUUGUCCUUAAAUAUCUCUCAAAGCGCCUUGAUUUCAACAUGAAUUUUUUCCCCCCGUUAUCUUUUAUAAACGUUAAUAAGAGACGUUGCUUCUAGAAACUCUAAAAGAGAUAAUAGCUGGACACCCUCUGUAGCUUAAAACUCAGUCACUAAAAUUCACAGUAGGGCAAGUCAUUCUUAGAACUACCUAUUCCUGACACGUACAUAAGCGUAAUCUCUUCCAAAGAUGGAAUGUGUGAAACUUGGUUCGUGUCUACUGUGCUCCACGACUCGAGUGCUACCGGGCAUUUCACGGGAAGGACUUCCUCCCACGACCACAGCAGAGACCACCGGAGAGCCGCCGGUGCCCACGGACUGAUGCUGGCGUGUCCGAUCUGAAGGCGUCCGUGUUCCAGAAGCCUGCGGCGAUUGCAUUUCUGAAUUCAUGUACUGUGCACCCAUACGUGAAAAUAAACGUCCUAUUCUUUUCUACC